GGUGCUUAAAUUCCUAGCGUCCAGCCGGUUUUCAAAACAAACAAAAAUAAAUAAAUAAACAAAUCCAAACAAACGAAGAUAAACUUCCUCCCGGCCAAAACUUCCGACGCUCCCCUCUGGGUGGAUCCGUCCCGAGGUGAAGGUACUCUUUUUAUCCAGAGCCUUCCCGCACCGUUUUAAUCAAUUUUUUUCUUUGUCGAACUCCGCUGCUACCGCCGCUUCACACACGCCACCAUCACUCAUCCUCUUUCAGGUGCGCCACCAGCCCAACUUAAACACCUGGGCUGGCUAAGCCCCGCCCCCCACCGGUGAACCGUCAAAGGUGCCAACAAUAAAACAAAAAUAAACAAUCAGGAGGCGGAAGCAAAGUACGAGCAUGUAACAUACACCGGAUGUAAUUUUUGGCCGCUCCAUCCCUCUUCUUUAGGUAAGACACUGUUUUACAACACAUUCCAAGUUAUUUCUAAAUUUAAUUUCUUGUAAUUACACCUCUGUCAUAUGAAAAAUGUUUUUUUUUUAUUGUUAAACCUUCCAGUGUUUCAGAUUUCUAUACCUUCACCUCUGCAUACAACGCAGGAUGGAUCUGGACUUCCAGACUCUUCUGACCAGGUUUCAUGGUUUCACUCCUUUAUCGUCUGAUUUUAGUGAACCUGGACAUAUUAUGACCUCAGUGAAAGUUUCCUGCACUUAUCUGGGUGCUUUUUCCUCAUCCCAUUCAAUUUUCCUGUGACAUCAGCAAGACCUUUCAAUUCACAAACUUGACUUUUCCUCUAUUUCAGACGUGGAAAGAUGGCACGGAUGGUGAAAACCCAAAAUAAAUUGACAGUUUCUGUUUUACUCAGACCAACCUGGCCGCCUUCAAAAUGACUCAAAUCCCCAUUUCUCCCCUUUCUGAUGCUCAGUUUAACCUUCAGCAUGUGACCUUUACUACGUCUAGUUGUAUUUUGGCUGGUAUUUAAGGAGGUGAAAGUGGCUGGAGAGCUGAAGAAACCUGCACAGUUAACGUUUACCUGUGUGUUAAAGGUUGGAAGCAGCUUGAAAAGGGUUGACACCUGCGUUAGUGAGGCAGAAGCAGCGAGAAAGCAGAGCUACUGUUGCAUCCUGUGGGGGGACGUGGCGCUCGCUCGCUCGCUCUGCGGCUGAUGACUCAGUUCCUGAAAACUGAGCGAUACCAAGAGUGAUUUACAAAAAGACGCCCAACAAGUGUGGCACAUAGAAGAAGAUGAUUCAGUGAUGUUUGUUUUUUUAAAGAAAUAUAGGUGGAAAAUAGAGGGGAUAAGGGGAAGGUUAAGAUGGAAAGAAAAAUACAAAGAGCGACAGAUUUCACGCACAUAAAGUUGUGUUUUUAUUAGACUUUCUCUCUUUUCUGUAGAUAUUUGCUAAAUUCUUGGCGAAAAAUAAUAAAAACGUCCAAAAAUAAUCCACAUUUUAUCCACGUUUCCUCGUCACGACAAAGAAACUUUCUGAAAUCAGGCCUCGGAGCCCGCCGGUCAAAUUUGAAUUCUUCAAACCGCAAAGUUUAACACACACAACAGAAAAACUCUGCGAGGCUAAACAGGGCGAGGGCGAGUAAAACGGGUGAGAAGAGAGGAUGGGGGAGGGCGGGAGAAACAGAGAGAGAAAGGAAGAGAGACGCUUUCAGAGCUGCAGGUCUAAAAGUCGAGGACUGAGGAACGGCGCUGAGGAAGGAGCUUAAAAGAAAAAGGAACAAAAUAACUCAAAUAAAAGGGAAACUGCUGCUGCUUCGCUGAUGAUCAAAGCUUUUUGUUGUAAAAAGAAAAACCAAUCAAGUGUGGGAGACGGUUUGAAUCAAGAUGAUGAAGCUGUUGUCUCAGCUCUGCUUCCUGGCUCUAGCUACUUCUGCUGUUUCAAAUAGACUAAAUACGAAUACGACGAUACCUUCUGUAGCUCCAGUUCCAGCAUCUUCCGCUCCCACACAACUAAAUGACACAAAAACGGCCAUGGAUGUUAAGAAAAAUGCCACGAAUUAUUUUAAUGCUUCGACAUCUGAGAUGAACUUUAAUGGAACCAUGGACAAGACGAACAACGCAUCAGCAUCAACUCCGUCACCCCCAGCGCCCCAGAGCCCAACCUCACCACCAGUAACCACGCCAGAAGAAGAAAGCAGUGAAGGGUCGACCUCUGCAGCCACUACAGCGUCCACAGCAGUGGCUCCAGGCCGUUCAUCUUGGGCUUACAUCCUGCUGGUGUUGAUAAUCAUCGUGAUCAUCGCUCUGUGUGUCAUCCUCUACAUGCUCCGCAGGGCGUCCAGGACGUACUCGUUUGACCUCCAGCGCCCUCCGGCCUCCAGCAGUCCGUACGAACCAACUGGCACCUUUGGUCAGGUCUACCUGGAUGACCUCGACCAACCGGCUAACAAAGAUGUGAUCUCGGAUGAUCUGUCCACCACACCGGUACCCAACGGCACCGGCCCACAACCGGAGGAGAACGCAGACGGGGAAGAGAACGCUCUUCAGGAUCCACCAGAAGCAAACAACCCGCAGAGAUCUUCGUCCUCCUCCUCCUCCUCCUCCAGCAGCAGCUCGUUAUCGGGAGGCGACCAGGCAGAGACGAAAUCCAACCAGAUGAGCAGCAACAACUUGUUCUUCGAUGCAGUCGAGGAGACGCAGCCGCAGCAACAGAACGGAAACAACAACAAUCCAUCCGUUUGCUCCACCGACCCAUUUGUGGAAAUAAACCUUGACGAUCCGGCCUGGUCCGAUCAGCUCCUAACUUCUCCGCCGACCUCCUCGGUCCUCCCCUUCUCUUCUUUCUCCUUCUCCUCUUCCUCCUCCUCUUCAUAGCACCAAACAUUCCCACAGAAGCAGAGACUGAACGUCCUUCCCACCAGAAUCAGCAGAAGGUCUUUAAAAGUUUCUCUCUCUUUUCGUCAAAAUUCCUCCCUGCUUACUUGAAACGUCAACAAGCUAAACACCAAGCUAACCCAAAGUCAGCUUGAACUGUGUUGAUGAUGAAAUGUUAUUUUUUCUCAAGUGGUUUUAUUCUUUUUUUCUUUUUUUUUUUUAGACAAUUAAAAAAAUCUAGAAAAACUGCAACUUGCAACGUCUGAUGCCGUCGAAUCAAACUCUGUUUUAGUUUAGCGUUUCUAACAGUCAUGAGUUUUUAUGGCUUUCCGUUUACACAUUAUCGUUUUUCAAACUAAAUAAAC